UCUCUUCUUCUUCUUCUUUUUCGCGUUGCUGCUGUGAGACCACCUCCUCGUCAUCAAGACCCUUUUCUUGACUAGCUGGUUGCAAGCGCGAAGCUGCCGUCCUUGGAUAGACAGACCAAGACUCCCAUUAAACGGUUUACUGCCAGGAAAACAGGAGUUGGGCGGCUGUACAGUUUGUCCCACGCGGGUCGCCGUCUGAGUAGAAUGGCGGCGCCCACGGAGAGAUUCAGCUGAGCGGUGCCAUUGCUGUCGUGCGAUAGGAGAUGCCAAACAGUCGCCGUAGCCUUCUCCCAUGGCUGACUUCAAGCGCUGGAAAGAGCAGCGACUGUCACGUGCGGAUGGGAGCCGGAAGGGCAGCGUGGAUGAGCUGAUCGCAGGGAUCGUGCAGCUCCUAAAUGACCACGACAGCUUCUGUACCACCAGCUCGUGCUCGGGCCGUGUGGUAGUGCUGGAGCAGCCUCCUCUGCCUGCUCCCGCCGAGCCUACCACUGGUUUUGAGAUCCAGAAGCGAAACUGUACCUGGCUUAUGGUGACCCAUCAAAUAUGUACAGUGGAAGAUGUGCUUACAGCCUUGCAGAAAGCCACCGAUGAUGCCAUAUUCAAAUUUGAACCAUUUGUACUUCACGUGCAGUGUCAAGAGCUACAAGAUGCCCAGCUCCUGCACACAGUGGCUAUAGAAGCUGGUUUCAGGAACUCUGGUAUAACUGUUGGUCGAAAAGGGAAAAUUAUGAUGGCUGUCCGCAGUACCCAUUGCUUAGAAGUUCCACUAAGCCAGAAGGGAAAAUUGAUGGUCAAUGAAGAAUACGUUGACUUCGUGGUUCAAGUUGCUAAUCAGAAGAUGGAAGAAAAUAUGAGAAGAAUCAACAGAUUUUACAGCUCUCUGCAGUUUGCUUUGGAAAACAGGGACUAUAUCAGUAGCUUGCCUGUCAAAGAGAGAGAACAGAGUAGCACAGAACAGAAUAAUACUGUGGACUCUCAUAGAAGCAGAAGAAAAUCAAAAGGGUCACAAGAAAAUAGAGAAUGUACUUCUGCACGGAAAAACAAAGGGCUGGAAAGUGAAGAUGAUACAGAAAGCAAUCUUUAAUUUUUUUCACCGACUUGUGUUUCACUGAAAUGUUUUGUAAAGUAGACAUAGCUGUUGUAUACUUGUAUAAGGCUGAGAUUCUACAGAACCACAAGUGGAAUAUACUUUGACAGGGUGGAACAGCCAUAGUUUUUCAAGAAAGAAGAAAACACAUUAUUAGGGCGGCUCAGUCAGACAGGGAAAGAAAAAUGAGAGAAAAUCUUUCCUCUGAGGUAGGGAAGUGGAUAGAGCCAUCAUACCUGCUCUUUGUAAGAGCUUCUCAGAUUUCCACGCUCUAGAAAGUAGCAUAUUUGUAACACAGUUUAUUAUGGAUUGUCGUGAUCUCUGUCAUGUAGGGCAGGAGUAGCUCUGUCUUGCCCUCCCUUUCACUGUCACUGCCACCAUCUUGGGUAAAAUCUAACCCCCUCCCCAGCUCCACAGGGAUGUAUUGCUGUAGCAUGCCAAGAAGUCAAGGCAGGUAGGUAAGGACUUGUGCAGACUGUCUCCAAUUAAAUAACUUUAUUUCUACAAGGCAAAAACUCGGGGUCCUACAAGGACAGAUCUAGGUGCACUAAGUAAAACAAACUAAAGGGCAGUUGUUAUAUUAACUAAGGUACACCAUGUUGUAUCUGGUCUUUGUUGCAGAAUGCUCCCAUCCCUGGUGCAUCUGCAGCCCUCUUUAGCAUCAUUCCCCCUCUCUCAUCCUCAUGGCAAACAUGCACCAGACAAAGGUGUCAGCCAACCUGGGUGCCAGGUGUUGGGGGCUCAAGCCCAGCAGACUGGGACCUUCCAGUCAAGAGGUGUUAGCGCAUCACAGAACUAGCGUGUUUCUUAGUUGGGAAGGGAGUUGAGAGGACCUUCUUCCCAGCCACAGAGAUGCCAAGGUCCCUUUCUAUUUCAAUAACUGUCACAGUAGCUCUUGCCUCCUACCUCUCAUCAUCACAUGGAUGUUGAACA